AAACCGAACAUUUAAGCCCAAAUCUCAAAUAGAGAGACUGGCGACGGUGAACUCAAGUGGCUGAGAACUGAGCUGCGAGAACGGCUUCUCAUCUCAGGGAAGAAAGUGAAGAUGAAGCUAAAGGUUGUGUGUCGUAAGGUCUCCGAUUACAUCCGUUACGAUCUCAAAGAAAUCGUGUUACCGUCAUCACUCCCCGAUCCUCCUCACGUCGUAAAACGCCGCAAAUUGACUUGGCACGAGCGAUUUCUCGUGUUGAAGGAAGCUUCAAGGCUUUAUGCUGCAAGCUGGGUGCGAGAUAUAGGUCCUGAGCUUCGUCCAAACGAUUACAAGAAGCAUGGUGAUGCAGAGCCUAAAAAACAAGCCCAAGAAACAGAGAAAGAGCCUUCUGUUUUGGAAGAUCUUGCGGUAGCUGCAAGAGGUGGCAUGGAGACUUUAAGGCCUGCUUUACAUCGUGUGUACAUGACACGAGCUUCUCAAUAUAAAGAUGCUCUUGCAAGCUUUAUAAAAGGUUACCAUGAGGGUGUCCAGCAAGUUAUGCAGAGCAAAGAAGAGUCUGAAGUCCCUGCCGAUGAUUCUGACAAAUCUAAAAAGACUACCUGACCUUUAGUUAGCUCCAAAUGUAGGAUUUACGAAGAAUAUUGGUUUAAGCCACUCACCAUCUAACUGUUACCUCAUGGAUUCAAGUUCUGCAAAUCUUUUUCUAUCAAGUUCUAAAAAAUCUGUGGUGAUGGUAAUAUAAAAAUACUCUUCUUUUUUUCCUUCUCGGAUGUAUUCUGUAUAUUUGUUUUGAUUUUUAACGUUGGGUAUACUAUAUCUGUUUAUUGGGUCUAUUUUAAGCUAAUAAAAAAUGAGAAACAA